UUCCAGAAGCCAUGUUUGGACCAGGUUACAUGUGCAACCUCUGAAGACAACACGAGAAUGUCAAAAAGUAGGAAGUGUCAGUCAGAUUCUGACUGCAUCGAAAACGAAUAUUGUCAUGAGUUUCAUCGACUUUGUGUCAAACCCGUCGAAGUGGUUACACCGGUGAAGACCUCAGUAAAAAGAUGCUCAAGAGAUUCAGAUUGCAGAAUGGCAGAAUAUUGCCACGUAUUCUGGAGAAUAUGUCUCCCAGUGCGACGAGUAAAUUACAGGCAGCCACCGACUAAACGGCCAUCCUGGUAUUGUUACACGUCAAAAGAUUGUAAAAUGAACGAACAAUGCCAUAGACGUUUCCACACGUGUUACACAAGGCCAGGAAUGGCGACCGUCCGAAGAGAAGCAGGGAAUUCCCGAAGAUGCGAAACGACAAGCGAGUGCGGAGCGAAUUUUUAUUGCCAUGUUCACUUUCGUAUUUGUCUUGAAAACACACCAACUGCAAAUAAAUCACCGUCGAAAACCAGGAAACAAAAACGAUGUAGUUCGGAAACUCUUUGCCCAAAAGGCAUGCUUUGCCAUCAUUUCUGGAGUAUAUGCUAUAUUCCCGCCCGGGUAAUGACGUUGCCUAAGAAAAAUAAAACGCAGCAAUGUCAAAUUGAUAGUGAUUGUGGACCAAACGAGUUUUGUCAUGUCAUGGUAACACCAGCAGGUCACGUGGUAGCAAGGCAAAGACGAAGUACGCAAAGGAUAUGUCUUCCUCGAAGAUUUCAAAAGAUAAAGAGGAAUAACAAAGGCAGGGCGUGUAAGACUGCUGCUGAUUGCGGUCCGAACAGAUGCUGUUUGAAGAAAUUAGGUGUCUGCAUGGCAUACAAACUGCCUGGGGAAAUGUGUCUCAUUGAAAAGGCUGAUUUCGCGUGCCCUUGUGCUAGUGGAUCUGUGUGCAAAACGAAGGGGAAAUGGGCAUCUCCUAGAAGGAUUAUCAACAAAAUGAAACUGCCUCAAACAGCUGCUAAUCAUAUCUUGAUGGGAAAAAAUAAAAGGAAACAUCAAGUUGGAAAAUGCACUCCGUCGUCUUUGUAAAAUGUUUAGUUGCCUGCCACUGUAAUUAACACAUAAAGAACGCAGGUUAAUGACACGCAUGCGCGACGUUUUGAAAAAAUCCAAACCAACUCGCUGCAUGCAAUGAAUUGUCACAAUGAACGAUUUGCACAUUUUUCAGCUUUACUUACGCACAAAAGGUCAUUCAUAAAUGCCAAGUUUGCAAUAUAUGUCACCGAUAGUUAGUGACCACCGACAAUAGUCAUCUGACGUUGAUCAUGCGACAUACGAUAACUAUCCUCAAAGACCUUUGUACUAUAGCAAAAUUUUCACUGCAACAUGAAUUUGUACUUAUCCAACCAAUUAAAAUAUAACCACUUUG